CGGGGAAAAGCGGGGAGCGGAGGGAGCGGCUGUUCCCUCCCCAGGGCGGUAGUCACGGCCCCGAGGCUGCCAGAGCUCAAGUUGCUCACGUUCCAACGCUCUUGGAGCAUCGUGGGGAUUUUGGGGUGCCCUGUGCGGGGCCAGGGGUUUGACUCGAUGGGCCUCGUGGGUCCCUUCCAACUCGGUGUAUUCUGUGUUCAGAGACCCUCUCGGCACCCUCGGCGGGCGACACCCGAGGUACCGUUAUUGUGGCCAAGUGACGGUUUUGUUUGGCUGGUUUUGAGGCGUCCUGACAGAAAGUUCUACUGAUGUUCCAGGUGGUGUGGUGGAGUGUUGUGUCCAGGGUGUGCAGAGGGCAAAAAACCACUUUUGUGCUGCUGACAGAGACCAACUUGGCCACUUUCUAGAGCGAACCUGACAAAGUGCUCUAGUAUUGAACUGUAGCACAUUGUGGAGAGUAGUUAAAAUUGCCACUUAGUGUCUUUGUCCUGAGCGUGGGAUCAUUUUACAGUGACACCUCUUCGGGUUAAUCAAGUUUCUGAGGCUCUUCAGCUCAGAAGCGCAGCCCAGGCCCACUGAUGAGUUUGCUCUCCUGCCUGCUGGUGUUCUGGCUUCGACAGUAACCUGUGUUAACCUGGCUUUUCCUGCUCUCUUAGGUCCUUGAGCAUGGGGAACACGAGCAGCGAGCGGGCGGGGCUGGAGCGUCAUGGGCACAAGGGAACCCGAGGGGACGGCGCGGGAGGAGCCAAGGAGGGGGAGCGGCCAAAGAUCCUCAUGGACAGCCCUGAGGAUGCAGACUUGUUCCACUCGGAGGAAAUGAAGGCUCCACUGGAGAAAGAAGAAUUUCUGGCUUGGCAGCAGGACCUGGAGGUGAAUGAUAAAACCCCCACUCAAGCUCGGCCCACGGUGUUUCGCUGGACUGGAGGAGGGAAAGAAGUUUAUCUGUCAGGGUCCUUCAACAACUGGAGUAAAAUUCCUCUGACAAGGAGUCACAAUAACUUUGUGGCCAUCCUGGACCUGCCAGAAGGAGAGCACCAGUACAAGUUCUUGGUGGAUGGGCAGUGGACACAUGAUCCUGCAGAGCCAGUAGUAACCAGCCAGCUGGGUACUGUCAACAACAUCAUCCAGGUGAAGAAAACUGACUUUGAAGUAUUUGAUGCUUUGAUGGUGGACUCCCAGAAAUGUUCAGACAUGUCUGAGCUGUCAAGUUCACCCCCAGGACCGUAUCACCAGGAGCCCUAUGUUUGCAAGGCAGAGGAGCGCUUUAAAUCACCCCCCAUUCUCCCCCCACACCUGUUGCAGGUCAUCCUGAACAAGGACACGGGCAUUUCUUGCGAUCCCGCUCUGCUCCCUGAGCCCAACCACGUCAUGUUGAACCACCUCUACGCGCUUUCCAUCAAGUUAUGAAAGAACUUUUUCACAUAUCAGAGACUAAAGGAGCUGAAACCUGGAGCCGUGGAGAACAGAAAGGCAGGUGAAAGCAUGCACGACUGAAGUGUUUAGGGAUUCAGGCUCAUUAAUUCUGGCUAAGCUUUGUGGAUUUUUUCCAAUUCCAUAUAUGCAUGACUCACUCCAGGCUCUUAUCAGUGCUGGUGUGGUGGAACCACAGCAUGGAACCAAUUAUUUUGUAGAAAGCUUGUUGCCUUUUUUUUUUUUUUUUUUUAAUUUUAAUUUUUGCUUUGCAGCCUCUUGCCCUGUCUCAGCUGGCAGAGCACUGGGUACAGAGGCUGCAGCCACCAUCGGCUUUUGCAGCCCCAAAAAAGCUGUGUGGGGGGCUGAGCCCAGGGUGGGGGGCCCAGGCUGUGUGACCAGCAGCUGCCUCACAGGAGUGAUGAUCCAUCAACGCUUCCACCCUUCCCUGCCCCUGGAAUGAGUGAGCCCAGCUGUCCUCAGGCCCCGGGCCUCUCCAGCCAGGGGCACCAGGUGGUGGAGGUGAGAUGUUCCCUGGUACCUGUGUCCUCAGGUGACAUUCCCAGGAGCCAAACCCUUCCUCAGGCAAGCCACAGCCUCCCCUCAGCCCCACCCCGAUCCCCUUUCUCUCCACCAGGAGCAUCUGCAGGAGAGCAAAAGAAGGAAGAGGUAAAAGCUGAUUUUAUUUUUUGUUUUGCUGGGGGGGGUGGGUUUUGGGGUCUUUUUAUUGGUUUUUGCUAGGUUGUUUUCUGCUUGAUGGGUGAAUGAAUUAAUCACUCUGUGUUCCCUUGUUGCAAUGGGAUGAAUCAAUUCCCUCCAAAGGCAAAAGCUGGAUCAAGAGUUGGAUUUAUUAGCUCACUUACAUUCCCCACCCACAGCUCACAGUCUGUGCUGUUAUGUUUAUUCUUGGCUGUUGCUAGGAGAGCACAUUUUUUAAGGUAGAUGCAGAGACUUUUGUAACAGUCACUUUUGGGGACUCUGGAGUAAACCAGUACAGAAAUAACAAGAGCUCCCUGCCCUCCCCGACCCCCUGAAUGUCAGCACAGCCUGGAGGGGUCAAGCUGACAUGGAUUUGUGCAGGGUUUUUGGGAAUCAAAAGGCUCAAUAAAUAAUAAUUGGUUUUUUUACUCCACCAGUUUCUGGAUUAGUUUAGGUUUGUUACAAUUCGGAUCAUGCACCAUAGGACUGCAACAAUGAGCUUUAAAUAAGUAUUCUUUGUGCACAGUAAAAGAAAGAAAGGAACAUUGAACAAGUCAGCAUUUCAUCAUAUACAUCAUAGUAGGCACAAUAGAUAAAUCAAGCAGCUCAGGGUUUAUGGAGAGCAUUUCUCAUGGAGAAUGUCAUGUAGACCAAAACGUAAGAGGAGCCAUCAGUAACCCACCCCCACAGCCUCCAACAAGCCCUUUAUCAGGGCUGAGGGGGUGGGUAUGUGCACAGAACCAAAAACACUGAACAGUAGGAGGACAAAUUAAGUUACUGUAGGCAGCAGUGUGAAUAUUAAAAACCUCUUCCUGUGAAAGAAUACUUCAGACCCUGUAAAAACUGGUUCAGUUAAAAAUAGAUGUAUUUACAUUUAAGUCUGAUCUAGCAAGUUUUCCCAGCAGGUGUAAGUUGAGCUGUACAGUAACUCUGCAGGUUGUACUCAAUCUGACUGGAUUUGUGAAUGGUCUUUUUUUUUUUUUUUUUUAAAGUUGCAGUAUUAGGCCUUAAAGCACCAGCAUGUUACAGCAGUGGGAUGAGGAACUGUUCUGUCCACUUUGCUACCAGGACGGUGCUGGGAUAAAUCCCAAACCUGACAUCAGAUCACACUAUUGUUAAUUAAGAUGUUUUUUCCAGCUCAAGAUGCACGGGGUCAUUUAGCAGGGCAAGACUGUUUUCCCAGAUACUCACACGUGUUUUACCUCUACCCCUCUCACUGGUGAAGCACAUGAGGGCAGGAUUUAGCUGUAGGUGUUGGCAGCUGACUGCUGCUCUAGUAAAGUACUUGGAUAAAUCCACCUGUUUUAGUCCAUGUGAACAUGCUUGGGGUUGGUGAAGCCACUUACAACUACUUGUUGAGGGAAUGAUGAGUAUUAAAUGCUAAAUAUUGCCAGGGUCAGGUCUCAGGUCAGCUGUGACACCCGUGGAUUCCCCAGCCCGGGGGCUGGGAGGGGGCAGGAUGGGCAGGGGGACUCCAGGGAGAAGGAAGCCGUCAUUUCACCAUGCCAGUCAAGAUAGUUAUUUGUUUUAUUUGGUUAUUGUUCAACAACAAAGUUCAAUACUUUCCAGGUGGAGCUUUGAACUGUCCCUCUGGUUCCCUCCCUUGUCAAUAAUAAAAA